GAAAAAUCCCUUUUGUUUUCUUCUCUAAUAGGGAAAGAACUAUCCCUCAUUACUUCCUUCAGAAUGACGAUGUAAAAAUUUCGAUGUGGUGAAACUUUUUACGUCGUCAUUUUGGCCAUGACUGAGUAACACAAACAAAAUCGAGAAACUCUUUUUCCAGAUUCAGAGAAUACCAUGGAUAGAUGCAAAUUGCGGCAUACCCAGUAGUCUACUCGUCGUCCUUCACGGCUUCCGUUCCUUUUCCAGUACCAAUUUGAUUACUGCGCGAGUGGUGGUUCCAAUUUAAUUCGUCUGUAUCUCCAUCAACGUCCGAUUACUCUGCUUCGACACUCCGUUUCUCUCCAGCUUCGUGUAACCUCUGCCCGUCAGUUUGUAGCAAUCUGGCAUAUACCGGCAGCGAUCCCGCAGAAGAUCCCCAUUUCUCUCUUCUUCCCCGCUGUUCUUUGGGAAGUCCUGCUUGCUCUUUUCGCCCUAAUUGAGUGCCCAAUUGAUGGCCGAUCUUGUUCUGUUAUGUGCUUGAAUUGCGACUGCUUUCCCGUUUCCAAGGUUAGUUUCUUUGAACGGAUGAUUUAGAUCUUGAUUGGAACCCUGCCGUCUUUUAGAUUGGUCCCCGGGAACAUAGCUGGGAAAUGGAUGGAAAGCAAGACUUUUUGAAUUCUUUUCAAUGCUAAGCAGUCAUCCUUGCUGGCCUGAUUACAUAUUUCUUGGCUGUUUUAGGGGUUUGGUGUCACUUCUGUAGUUCUGUUGCAUUUAUAUUAGUUUCUUGGUGGCAGCAAACACUUCUUGUAUACCAGGAACACCAGCAGAACUGUGAUGGAAGAUGGGGAAUGUUUGCGAAAUUGAGGGAUGAAGAUAGAGCAUUGGAUUUCCAGACAUGAAUCGAUCUCCAUCCUUUUCAGUUAAGUCAGAAUCCAGCGUAAAGGUUGACCCAGAAUCUCUGCAGCAAUGGGCUGUUGCAUUUUGUGUGAUUAGGUUUGAUCUGGAACAAGGUCAGCUGAUUGAAGAGUGUUAUCCAUCUGGUCAUCUCUCAAGUGAGGAAGAACUUGAUGUUGCUUUCAGUUCCUUUCCGGAUUCUGUUUCUCAGCACCAGAACCGUUCAAGCAUUCAUGAUUGCAUGUUCUUCUUCCGUGUCCAGAGGCGGCAAGGCUCUGCACCAAGUAAUGUCAAGUCAUCUGGUUUCCAAGAACACAAUGGCAAAAGUCCACCUUCAGAGCUACCACAUGAAUUGGUGAAAUCCAAACUUAGCAAUAACGCUAGGGGUAAUAAAUACCUGUAUGGCUACGUGUUCAACCGACAGAGACAUGAUGAAAGGUUAAAGCGAGGAGGAGAACAGAAAUCUGUGGUUAUAUUAUCUCACAGGCCCUAUUCCUCUGUGUUCAGACCUUUGCUACAGAUAAUGGGUCCAUUAUAUUUUGACAUAGGAAAGAAGGCCCUUGAGCAUAUUGCUAGUUAUGUGUCAAUGUGGCCUGCUCCUCUACCUGGUAAGCUAAUGGAGCUUCCUAUUGGCAAUGCGAUGCUUAAAGUUAACUUGCCCCCUGCCCAUAGCUUACCUUUGGACAAUGGAAAGCAUGAGGAAUCUUCUUCAUCAAUGGCUCCUCUGCUUCCAACUAAUCAAUCGAUCCCACAAGGGCUUUUCCAUGAUUCUGAUAUAUUUGGUAUUUUCCGCGGGAUUCUAUUGCAACUGUGGGUCUUGUGGGAGUUGUUGUUGAUUGGUGAACCUAUUCUUGUCAUAGGACCUACGCCGCCUCAAUGCAGCGAAGCAGUUGCAAGCCUUGUUAGUUUGGUUGCACCAUUGUUGUUCAGUGUUGAUUUUAGGCCUUACUUCACCAUUCAUGAUCCAGGAUUCGCUCGACUGAAUUCCCUUCAGGAGGGUGACACUUUUCCUCCAAUGAUAUUGGGAGUGACAAACCUUUUCUUCCUCAAAUCUCUUCGCAAUAUUCGUCAUAUUGUGUCAGUUGGAACCCCUGCAGGGAUUUCUAGUCGUCAACCCAUUUCAAAUAGGUUCUCUUCCGGUGGGGUUCCUGCAAGACCAGAAGGAUCUGGUCUUCAGCAGAUAUCUUUUAAAAAGUUUUCGCCUUCAAGUUUCUUGAGUGCUGUUAAGUUAAGGAGAGAAGGCCCUCUUUCCCUCAUGACAGAACAUAAGGAAGCCGUUUGGACAAGUUAUACGGCAGUAACCAAGCCAGAUACUUCGAUCCUAAAUAGGCUCAUUGAUGCUGGGAUGUCACCAAGGGUUGAGGAGUCCAUGUCAGUUGUCAACAAUGAGAUAUUACGAAGGCAUUUCUUGGAGCUCACCACUAACUUCUUGGCCCCUUUCGGCCCAUAUUUGAGAGCUACAACGCCAUCUGAAGGAUCUUCCCCAUUUGUUGAUCCUCCUCCUCUCCCUCAAUUUAACGUUGAUGAAUUUUUGGCAAGCUUAUCAGCACGAGGUGCAGGGAAGUUUCUUUCAAAAAGAAUGCGAUCUAAUUGGCUCGAUUUAUACAGGCGGUUCCUGAAAGGGCCAAACUUUAUGCCAUGGUUUGAGAGAAGGCGAGCUGUUGCCGAACAAGAGCAGCAUAGAUUAUGGAGGGAAGCAAGAAUGACCACAGAUAUAACACUGUUCAUAUCAAAGAUGUCUGAACUGGAAAUUGUUGAUUCUUUCAAUGCCGUUGAGAGGCACCUUCAGUGGGAACUUCAGGUGUCAAAGUUGGGAAAGGUUAGUGACCCUGCUGCAAAUACUUUCGAAAAGCUGACGAAAGAUCUGCAGGCAGUGUUCAAUGUUCUUCCCAAGGAUAUGCAACAGCUUCUGCUCAUGAACCCGGAAAGAGCUGCUCUCCUGCGAGGAAAUGUAGAAGAUACAAUGCCCCUUUGAUAAGCCAGCUUCUGGUUCCCCUACAUGACAGGUUAGAAAAGUUAAACCACACCUGGUUACAACUCUUCUUUACACUGCUGAAUGGUUGAAUGGCUUGUAACCCAAGCAUUUCUGGUGUUCUCCACUGGUUGCGGUGUUCUUUCUCGAGCUUGUCAUUUGUUCAUGAGAUGUGAGGUUAAUGUCUCCCGUAGCAGACUAGCAGUGAUGGAGCUUACUUGUUGCCCUCUUCUGCAAUUCCAAUGACUUAAAUCUUGUUCAGACUCAGAGGACAUGGAUGCUUGCAUUUGUAUGAAACUAAAUACAAGGGGGUUGACUCAUUGUAAUUGUUUUGAAGAAACUGUAUCGAGUAUGAGGCUGCAUUCUGCAUUAGUACUCGGGGCUGAUUUCUCUUUCCUUGUACAUUGUCGAGGCAUCAUCGUCGUUGUGUAACCUUGUGCUGGUAUGGAUUUUGAUGAGGUUUUGAAGAGCUAUGUUUUCAGAUGUUAGAUUGCUUCAUUCUAUACCUGAAUGCCUUGUAGGAAGCUGGAUGUAGGGUGCUCUGUUUCUGGUAGAGAUGAAUACUCGAGAAUGGAUAUGGUAAACGAUUUGUGAAUUAUGAUUUUGGAUUUUUACUUGAGUAGGGGGUUGGAUU